CGGCCGCCUCCAUGGCCAGCAGCCGCCUGCAGCUCAGCACCUCGCUCGCCUUCUCCGACCUCACCGAGGAGCUGCUGGACGCCAGCACCGACGGGCUGCUCCGUGAGCUGGAGGACCUGCGCUCUGAGAACGACUAUCUCAAGGAUGAGAUUGAGGAGCUGCGUGCCGAGAUGCUGGAGAUGAGGGAUGUCUACAUGGAGGAGGACGUCUACCAGCUGCAGGAGCUCCGGCAGCAGCUGGACCAGGCCAGCAAGACCUGCCGCAUCCUGCAGUACCGGCUGCGCAAGGCCGAGCGCCGCAGCCUGCGCGUGGCACAGACAGGCCAGGUGGAUGGUGAGCUCAUCCACAGCCUCGAGCAGGACGUCAAGGUGGCCAAGGACGUCUCUGUGCGGCUCCACAAUGAGCUGGAGGCAGUGGAGAAGAAGAGAAUCAGGUUGGAGGAGGAGAACGAGGACCUGCGCCAGCGGCUCAUUGAGACAGAGCUGGCCAAGCAGGUGGUGCAGAAUGAGAUGGACAAGCUCCGAGAGAAUUCCCUGAAGAAGCGGGGGUCUCGCUCCAUCGGGAAGACUGAGAAGAAACCGUCUGUGCAGGAGGACAGUGCGGACCUGAAGUGCCAGCUGCAUUUUGCCAAGGAGGAGUCAGCCCUGAUGUGCAAGAAGCUGACCAAACUGGCCAAGGAGAACGACAGCAUGAAGGAGGAGCUGCUGAAGUACCGGUCCCUGUACGGGGACCUCGACAGCUCCCUCUCUGUGGAGGAGCUGGCCGACUCUCCCCAUUCCCGCGAGGCCGAGCUGAAGGUCCACCUCAAGCUGGUGGAGGAGGAAGCCAACAUCCUCAGCCGGAGGAUAGUGGAGCUGGAGGUGGAAAACCGUGGGCUGCGGGCAGAGAUGGACGACAUGAAGGGCCAGGGGGACAGAGACUUGCCCGGGCAGGACGUGCGGUUCCUGGCGGGCAUCUCGGGCUGCGGGGAUGCAGGGGACACGGUGGCGGAGCUGCGUCGGCACCUGCAGUUCGUGGAGGAGGAGGCCGAGCUGCUGAGGCGCUCACUGCUGGAGCUGGAGGACCAGAACAAGCUCCUCCUGAAUGAGCUUACCAAGUACAAGUCAGACCACGAGCUGGACGUGACGCUGUCAGAGGACAGCUGCUCAGUGGUCAGCGAGCCCUCGCAGGAAGAGCUGGCCACGGCCAAGGUGCAGAUCAGCGAGCUGAGUGGCAAGGUGAAGAAGCUGCAGUAUGAGAACCGUGUGCUGCUCUCCAACCUCCAGCGCUGCGACCUGGCCUCCUGCCAGACCACCCGGCCCAUGCUGGAGACUGAUGCCGAGGCCGGUGACUCGGCCCAGUGCAUCCCAACCACCGGCUGGAGGGAUGGGAUGGGCAGCAGCGAAGCCGACAGUCAGGACAGGGUGCCUGGUGGUGGGAAGGUGCCUGAUGGUCCUGCCAAGCUGCUUAAGCCCAAGGACCUGGAGACCUUGCAGGGCAUCCGAGACCAGGCGGCGCUCGUCAGCAAAGCGAUCGAUGUCUUGAUUUCGGAUGCCAAUGGCUUCACCUCUGGGCUGAAGGCUUGCUUGGACAACGAGUGCGUGGGGGGGCUGCUGGGUGAGGCGGUGGGUAGUGGUGGCGAGAGCCCCAGCGAUGCCAAGCUGAUGAAUGUGCUCCUCAUGCGGCUGGGCGUACUCCAGCAGGACCUGGGCUGCUUCGCGAGGAAGGUGGACCACCUCACUGGCGGCCUCAAGGAGCACACAGACUCUUUCCCCUUCUCCAGCCCCAGCAGCCAUGACGCCACCAAAGAAGGGCUGCAAAAGGAGCAUGCCUCCGACUUCCAGCAGCCUGAUUUUAGGGACACCGAUCCUUACCGUAUCCCCCACACCAAGGACAUGGACCCCACGCAUCCCCGGAGCUACAAAACCUGCCGGCCUGAGGAGAAUGACUCCUACGCCACCGAGAUGAAGGAGCUGCAGCUGGUGCUGUCGGAGGCCAACGAGAGCCUGCGGGGACUGCAGGAGCAGCUCUCACAGGAGAGGCAGCUGAGGAAGGACGAGGUGGACAACUUCUCACAGAAGAUCUGCCAGCUGAAGGAGGACCACCAGAAAGCACUGCUGCGGCGGGAGUUCGAGCUGCAGAGCCUGAACCUGCAGAGGCGGCUGGAGCAGAAGUUCUGGAGCCAGGAGAAGAACCUGCUGGUGCAGGAGUCACAGCAGUUUAGGCAGAGCUUCCUCCUGCUCUUCAUGAAGCUCAAGUGGUUCCUCAAGCUCUGGCGCCAGGGCAAGAUGGUGCACAGUGAGGGCGAGGACUUUUUGGAGGUGAAUAGCAUGAAGGAGCUGUACCUGCUGCUGGAGGAGGAGGAGCUCGCCCCACAGCAGCAGGCAGACAACAAGACAUGUGCUGGUGAUGCCUGGACCCCCAACACGCCCAACGAGUGCAUCAAGACACUGGCGGACAUGAAGGUGACCCUGAAGGAGUUGUGCACGGAGCUGCGGGAGGAGCGGCGCGGUGCCAGCGAGCUGCAGCAGCAGUUCACCAAGGCUAAGGCUGCCUGGGAGAUGGAGCGUGCCGAGCUCAAGUGCCACAUCGCCCAGCUGGAGUCAAAGGCAGGCAAAGGGAUCACGGAGCGCGUGCUGCCGGACUGGAAGGUGGCGUUGAAGAGGGAGCGUGAGGAGCACCAGCAUCUCCUAGCCGAGUCCUACAGCGCCGUCAUGGACCUCACCAAGCAGCUGCAGAUCAGCGAGAAAAACUGGAACCAGGAGAAAGUGGAGCUGCUGGCCCGCUUCAAGGAGGAGCAGCAGCAGGCAGAGCAGCAAGCGAAGGACCUGCAGAACAAAAUCAACCAGUUGCAGAAAGGAGCCAACCCAUGGGCAUUGAAGCAUUCUGAAGUGGAGAAGCACGGCAGCAACUGGAAAGAGGCUCUCAAUGAAAAAAUCACAGACAAAGAGACAAUCUCUGAAGCAGAAGCCAAGGGAACCAACCUCAAAAGGACCAAGUCCGUUUCCUCCAUGUCAGAGUUUGAAAGCUUGCUCGACUGUUCUCCCUACCUCCCUGGAAAGACUGCACCGGGGCUGGGUGACCAUUCCCGAGGCAAAAAGGCAUCCUCAGCCACCCAGCUGCUGCCCAAUGGGAUCCGGGACAGCACUGGCAUUCCUCCCUCAAACUGUACAUAUGUGAAUAUUGAGCAACCUGACCCCGACAGCCUGGCCAAGGAGAAGCUGGGCAUCUCCUCCUGGGACUACUCGCGGGCAAGCAGCCUCUCUGGGCAUGACCCAGCCCAGAAGCAAAUGCAGAGGAGCUACACAGCGCCCGACAAGACGGGGAUCCGCAUCUACUACAGCCCGCCAGUGGUGCGGCGGCUGGAGGCGCCUCUGGUGCACAACAAGGAGGGGAAGAUCAUGAUCGAACCAGGUUUCUUGUUCACCAUGGCCAAGCCGAAGGAGCCGGAGGAGUCAGCCAGUGCUGAGAGCACCUACAGCCAGUGGCUGUGCAACUUCUCCAAGCAGCAGCGGGAGCUGCUGGACGGUGGCGCGGUGGAGAGCACGGUGCCACCAGUGCCCCGCUUCCCCCCAUCGCUGCACGACCUGGAGAUCUCCGGCAACAUGAGCGACGACAUGAAGGAGAUCACCAACUGCGUGCGGCAGGCCAUCCGCUCCAGCUCGCUGGAGAGGAAGGUGAAAAGCACGUCCAGCCAGACGGUGGGGUUGGCCCAUGUGGGGACACAGACCAUCCAGACGGUGAGCGUUGGCCUGCAGACCGACCUGCCGCGCAGCAGCGGCGUGCACAGCAAGAGCUGGUCCCCACGCAGCUCCUCCCUCGUGUCCGUGCGCAGCAAGCAGAUCUCCUCCUCCCUGGAUAAGGUCCACUCCAGGAUCGAGCGGCCAUGCUGUUCCCCAAAAUAUGGCUCUCCAAAGCUCCAGAGGAGAUCUUCCUCCAAGCUGGAUGCCUCCAAGGACAGGAGCCUCUGGAACCUGCACCAGAGCAAGCAGAAUGGCUCUGCCUGGGCCCGCUCCACCACCACACGUGACAGCCCGGUUCUCAGCAAUAUCAACGAUGGCUUGUCCAGCCUGUUCAGCGUGGUGGAGCACACCGGCAGCACUGAGUCCAUCUGGAAGCCGGGCUGCCCUGAGAGCAGCCGGGCUAAGCCCGAAGCACCCAAGUAUGGCCUUGUGCAGGAGUUCUUCAGGAAUGUCUGUGGGCGGGCACAGAGCCCCACCGCCCCCCUGGAGAAGAAAGAGGUGGUAACCGGGGAGGAGGGCACCAAGAGAGCCGAGCACCCCAGCCCAGCCACCCACCACCCGGCCGAAAACAUCUCCCGUGUCUUGAACAAGAAAGUCCUCAAGCAGAGCAGCUGCGAGGACCCCAAGCCCUCGUCCCCCGGCCAGGGGAAUAAAGACACAACCCUGCGGGACCCCGACCUCAUCUCGGCCAUAGCCAGCGAGGACACGGCCUGUGACUGCAGCUCCCAGUCCCUCACCUCCUGCUUCGCCCGGCCAUCCCGCUCCGCUGUCCGCCAUUCCCCCUCCAAGUGCAAACUGCACCCCGCGGACCCCCCCAGGGCGGAGGAGAAGCCGGGGGGCUCGACCUGCAAUGUAAAACCAAGUGCAUUUUAAAAAUACUGAAAUGAGCUACAUUGGAGAUGCACCAAUUGGAUUAAGAGAUUGUGGGUUGGGAGACUGCAGCGUGGCCCGUGUGCGGUCUG